CCCCUACUGCGCAUGCUAUACAAUGGCUGUGAAGUAGCAUGUUUUCUGUGAGUUUGUUUAUGAGUUACUUAGAUAUGAAUAUAUAAAGUUGACUGUAUAAAAUGUCAUAAUGACAGCACUGAGGAGGAUCUUCUCCCGCCUGCCCCCCCUCCCUCUGCUGCAGGGACCCCCUCGCGCACACCGAGCCGCGUGCACACUGCUUCAUGCUGCAGGACACAGAAGCUCCUCUCAGGUGCAGGGAGCAGCUGCAGGAAGCUCCUCUGUGUUCAGAGGCUUCUCACUGUCCUCCUCCUGCAGGGGGCGGGACUCUGAUGAGUUCAGGGUCAGAGGUCAGCAGCAGGAGGAGGAGGAGGAGGAGGAGGGGGAUGAAGAUGAUCUCCUGGAUGACGGGGAGGUGGAGGAGCUGUUCCUGGAUUACGCUCCUGCAGGCCUCGCUCCGGGUCAGCAGCUCAAAGUGUUCAUCGUGCAUCCUGAUGUGAAGUGGGGGAGCAGGAAGCAGCACCUGACCACAGCUGGGCUGAUGAUGGCGGAGGCCGAGGGUCUGGUGAACACGCUGGAAAACUGGAGGGUCGUUGAUAAGAUCGUCCUCUCCACCAAAACUCCAGAGAAGAAGAAGAUAUUUGGAAAAGGGAACUUCCAGCUUCUGGCAGACAAAAUCAGACGAACAGCAGGAAUCAACGCCGUGUUUGUGAACGUGGAGCGCCUCUCUCCUGGGGCGGAGCGGGAGUUUGAGGAGGCGUGGGGGGUGAAGGUGUUCGACAGAUACUCCGUGGUCCUGCACAUCUUCCGCUGCAACGCCCGGACUAAAGAGGCAAAGCUACAGAUCUCUCUGGCAGAAAUCCCUUUGUUAAGAUCUCGUCUGAGAAAUGAAAUGGCAAACUUGGAUCAGCAGGGCGGAGGCUCCAGAUACAUCGGAGGCUCAGGAGAGACUCUGCUGGAGGUGCAGCAGCGUCUGCUGAAGGAGAGAGAGAUGAAGAUCCGAUUGGCUCUGGAGAAACUCCGCAGGAAGAGGAAGCUGCUGCGCUCUCAGCGGAAACACAAAGAGUUCCCCGUCGUCUCCGUGCUCGGAUACACCAACUGUGGAAAGACGACCCUGAUCAAGGCUCUGACGGGGGACAGGGGUCUGCAGCCCAGAGACCAGCUGUUCGCCACGCUGGACGUGACGGUGCACGGCGGCCUGCUGCCCUGCAGGAUGCCCGUCCUCUACGUGGACACCAUCGGCUUCCUGUCGCAGCUGCCCCACCUGCUCAUCGACUCCUUCUCCGCCACGCUGGACGACAUCAAGCACUCGGAUCUGUUGGUGCACGUCAGAGACAUCAGUCACCCGGAGACAGAGAACCAGAAGCAGAACGUUCUGAGCGUCUUGAAGAACCUGCAGACCCCCGAGCGGCUGAUGAGCUCCAUGAUCGAAGUGCACAAUAAAAUCGACCUUGUUGACAAUUAUGAGUGCCUGGAGCCCGACGUGCUGCCCAUCUCCGCUCUGACGCAGCGAGGCCUCGACCAGCUGAGUGUGGCGGUGGAGGAGGAGAUCCUGAAGUCCACGGGAAAACACAUUUUAGAUCUGAAAGUCGACCUCAGCUCUCCUCAGUUAAGCUGGCUGUAUAAGGAGUCCACGGUGCAGGACGUGGCGGUGGAUGCAGACGACGGCUCGGCGGUAGUGAACGUCAUCAUUAGCGCCGCGGCUUAUGGACGCUACAAGAAACUGUUCACUGAUAAAGGCAGAUAAAAGAGGGGGGGGACUUCCAGCUCCAACACAAAUGCAAAAGAAGCAAGAGGGAAACAAUAAAGGGAGAGUGAGCUUCAGGACAGUAUUUGGCGCUGACCCUUUCCCUCAUAGGACCGCCGUAACCUAUUGACUUUUCAUUUGUGAAACAGGUGGGGGGAAAAGUCAUCAGGAUCAUGUUUCGUUAUCAUUUUGGUCACCAGAGUGCACCACUACCCUAUGUGUUAAAUACUAAGAGUUCAUGUUUUUUUCCCGGUAAUAGAAGAAUACAUGAAACUACUGUUUUGACUGGAAAAAAUAGCGGCUCUGGGAGCAAAACUAUUUUUUACGGAUUUAAUAUCCUGGUUACAUUUGAUUUUUCACCUGUUCCUAAGACAUAAAGACAAGAGAGACAACCAGCCAGAUCAGACUUGCCUCUCGAGAGCUUCUUUAGAAAAUUGUACUUGAAUGUAUUUGUUCUGUAUUUAUUGUACAGUAUAAUAAAAAUAUUUAACAAUA